AUGUUGGCAUCUUACUAUGCAUCUAUGUUGUCUAUUGUGCUGUUGUCUACUAUGAAAUAUUUACAUGGUCCAAACAUUAUAUUAGCAUUAAGUGCUUGUUGUGACAAUUUCUCGGGACACGAGAGAUGUGUCUUCAGAAGCGGCGCGUUUCUCGGUGAACUGUUUGAUCCAAAUUUUCGCAGAAGCAACGAGCACGAGGAGUCGCAGCCAAAAAUCUGGUACUAUCAAGAUCGGUAUCGGGAAAACCCGGAGAAGGAAGUCGAGCUGGGAAUGGACAACAACGUUUCGUAUAGUCGAGUCUAUGUAACGCCGGAUCUCUCUCUCGUCGUGAAGAGCUUUACAGCCGCUGACGCCGGCAUUUAUCGAUGCCACGGCAAAGAGGGACAAGAGGAAGGGGACAAAUACAAUUAUAGGCUUGAACCGAUUCUCAAGGAUAUCGGCGGCGAGUUUGUAGAAAAAGGAAACAUAACCGAGUGGGAAAAGUAUCGCGAAAUAUAUUUAUGGCCUGUAACCAUGAGAUUUGCAGUCUCGAAAAUGAUGGAUUUGGCAGAGAUCCGUGAGGAAGGGGUAAUCCUUCAAGUAGCGUCUGAAUGGGGUCCCUGGGGCCCGUGCAAACAGUGCUUAGAUAAUCGCGGUAUCAAAACCAGCAGAGGCUUCUGUAGAUUAAAGCGCAACAUAAAUUUGGCGAGUACCAUACUUUCCAACAGCGACCGUUCACGCAAUACAACGCGACAACUUUUAAAAACACUAUGCAUUCUCAGAUCCGUUCUGCUCCGGGACGAAUUUCCCAGCGUCAGCCGUGUCGUGCGAUCUUUGCCGGAAUUUAUUUUAACAGAAUCUUGCAAGAAGUGCCCAUCCGUGAAGAAAAGGAGAAAGGGCGAAAAGUUUCGUUACGCCAAGCGAUAUGUUCUCGCCGAAGGCGCGCAUCUUGCCGUCACUUGUCCGGAGUCGAGCUCAGCGUCGCAAGUAAUUUGGAAAAAGGACACACUCACUUUGAAGAAGGGAACAGUUCAGUCAUUUCAUAGAAAAGAUAAAGAGGCUCGAGUGAUGGUAGACCCUUUCUCGACACUUUAUUUAACAGACGUGUCCAGAGAGGAACAAGGUAACUAUACCUGUUUCGUGGAUAACAUUAACAUGAUGCGCUUGAAGAUCGUUAUUGUAUCUAAGACUCGGCUUUUGACGCAAGGCAUUCUUCGAAGAUGCGUAAGCUGCAGAUCGAGGGGAGACCUGGGCUCGUGCAAAGAUCCUUUCACUAUGAAUUCUACGCAAAUCGCGGUCGAAAAAGGCAUCGACGCGGUACCGUGUGUUUCCGGGUGGUGCGGAAAAAUCAUUGAGAGUCAAAAUUUAAACAAUGAAUAUGGUACCGCCACUCAAAGAUUGUGCUUCCAGCGAGGCCCUGACGACAACGAGGAGAGAUGCGCUUAUACCGUGUGGAAUUACAAGAAAGUGUAUAUGUGCCUGUGUUAUGGGGAUCUUUGCAAUGGAACAAUAAGAACAUCCGUCGCCAGUGGUCUUUUAACAAUGAUAGCUGUAUACUUAACACGGUGGCUUAUUUAAGGACAUUCGUAACACUCAUAUGGA